CCUUCCAGUAUCACCGUGCAUGCGCGGCUCAGGGAGCGCGCAGCGUGGCGAUCGCUGCUAUGUCAAUCACAGCUGAUCACAUGUAAACACGGAAAUGCCGGUUAUCGGCAUUUCUCUCCUCUCGAGCUGUCACGCUGACAGCUCAAGAGGAGAGCCGGGGACAUGUACACUGAUCAUCAGGGCACUGAUGAUCAGUAUGCCCUGAUGAUCAGUGUGGCCCCAGAAGUGCCACCUGUCAGUGUUCCUCAGUGCCACAUCAAUGCCACAUAUCAGUGCACAUCAAUGCCACAUAUCAGUGACCAUCUGAGCUGCCUUUCAGUGUCACCCAUCAGUGCCAGUCAGUGCCACCUAUCAAUGCCAAUCAGUGCCACCUAUCAUUGCUGCCAAUCAGUGCCACCUACCAGUGCC